CUCUUUUUAGCACGAUCGGACACCCUCUCACUCGCACGAUGCAGUUGAAAAUGACUUUUUGCAUGUGUUUUUUUUUUGUUUCUGUUUGCCGUUGCCUUUGCCUUUUCACACACGCCACUAUUUAACCCCAGAGUGGCGAUGAGUACUGAAAAUUAUUAUUUCAAACAUAUGUACUGAUCAUAAAACUGUGCGAGAGAACGUGAUAACUUUCUGCCGCAUAAACGAACCACUCUCAGCUGUUGAACCGCAAUCCAAACACUAAAUUAAUAUUAUAAUCAAGCUAACGAACAAAACCGUUUGCAACCGGUUCGGCGUAUCGGUGUGCUUGCCCGUAAAACCGCAGCUCUCUGAACCGCUCCUCUCCGAACCGCUCUCACGCUCUCUGGUUCAGAGAACGGUUUAAACGGUUUUUGCUUGUGAUUGUGGCUCGAGCGCGAGAAUGAAUGUAAGUUAGUAACCAGCCGUAACUUGAGUACGGUGCAACCCAGAAUCGAAAGCUGAACCGCACGUUCCCAUAGUCCGGAACAAUGUCGAAAAAGUAUCCGAACCCGGUGACCAAGCACUUCGUCUAUAGCGAAAGGACGCGAAAAAGUACCUGCAAAAGGUGCCACUUCGAUAUGGCAGGUCGCCACUCCGAGAAUCUGAUGCGGCAUUUGAAACGUAAGCAUGAGGAUGCCUACAAAAGUGUUCUGGACGAGAAGCGAGAAAUCCGUGCGGCACUUGCCCAGCAGCAGGCCAACAAAGAUGCAGUCAAUCCGACGAAGAAAGUCUUGGCCUCUAAGUAUCCUCUAUAUCCAACGACACGAAAGCAGUCUUUCAUUACCGAGGACGACGACUCCCAGCACAGUGGCAUGGAAACCAUGGUGACGUUGAAUGGUGAAGAGACCGGGGACGUAGAUAACAAGAACAACGCUACAGUCAGUCAGUUCGAGGGCGUUUUUAUUGGAAAAUCGGAGAUACCUGACGAGGAGUAUCAGUGGAAAAACUCUGCAAAUAUGGAACUGAAGGCCGUCGAUGUUUCUGUGGCCCAGACUACUAACGAAUCCAGCGUCUGUGUGGCUCCCACUUCCACCACUGCUCGUGCCAAGUCUCCAGCUCGAGCCGCAUCUUCUGCGGCUGCUUUAGACCAAUCUCCAAGCGACGAGGACUACUUCCUCCGCUAUCUGGGCAGCAAAUUAGGCAAAUACUCUGCCCGCACAAGGAACACAGUCCAGUUUCACAUUAAUCGCAUACUGUACAAGGCGGACAUGGGUCACUUUGAGGAAACAGAUUCCAGGAUGGGCGAUGACGACUACGCCUCCCCGUAGCGUCUCUAUGCUAUGGUACAUAUGUUUCUUAACGCUUUUGCUGUAAAUAAAAAUUAUCUCACGAGUUGUCAAACACCU